UUAUAAUCGUCUGUGAACAAAGCAAAACACACAGAAUGCCAAGCCUGUGACUUGGGAAUUUCUGUCUUCCGUACUUUCCUAACUGCAUUUAGCCCAACCCCUUUUCCUUUCUCAUUGUCUGAAGUUUGUUCUUGUUUUCGGUUCAGACUCAGGGAAACACCAGGACUGGAGACUGGGGAGUUCUUUCCUUUCAUAAACAGUUCACUAAAAAACAGCUGUACUGAGCUACAGUGUCCUAUCUGUAGGGUGAAGAAAGAGGAACCAUGAAGAAGCACGGUCGUGUUUGUGGCAGUCGCUGCCUGGGGCCGAUGACUUUCCAUCCAGAGGUCAAAGGGCAGCUUGUUUCCAUUUGCCAGGGAGCACAUCUUGCCAUGAGAGAUAUCUCCUGCUUCAAGCACGGCCUGGUGUUCCUCAGUCGUCCAGUUAAGAUCAAGGAGAGAAUUUCAAUAUGCAUCGAAAGCACAGUCCCAUCAUGGGAUGGAGCGCUCCGUGUGGGUUUCACCAACCACUGUCCCAAUGCCAACCUGAUCCCACCAAUGGCCAUCCCAGACCUGAGAGAGACCCCCGGAUACUGCGCAGUGCCUGUCCCUGAGGAGACGUGCCAAACCGGAGCACACGUGGAGUUCUGGAUGAACCAUGCGGGCUAUGUGAUGAUUCAGGGAGCUGACGGGAAGACAUUUUACAUGAAGGUUAAAGGACAAGUGAAACUAAACGAGCCACUGUAUGUUUUCCUAGAUAUGUAUGGGAGCACCAGUGCAGUGCGGCUUCUGGGUUCAAGGAAAGGGACUCGGACAUCAUGCCCUGAUUCUCCAAAAGAUCUAGAGCAGUUCUCUAGCAGUGAAACCAAAGGAAAAGAGCAAGGACAGAUGAAGAGCUUCUUUAACUUCAACAAGAAUGUACAUUCAGAUAAUAGAAGAUCUUCCAGAGAAGCAUCAACAUGGGAAACGAGUCUUUCUCCAUCCAGUCCAGGCACUCCAGUACCAUUUAUGCAAACACCAGACCAAACACAGAACAGACGGCCUUCAUCCAGCAAAGAUCUAAACAGAAACCAUCAGCCCUCAAUGGAGGAGAUGGAUGUCACAUCUUUGCUGAGAGAGUUCCAACAGCAGUACCUCAGCCUCAGUCUGGUCCAUGUGGUCAUCUGUAGGAAAACACUACUCAAGAGUGCAAUUGACACGCUAUCCAACAGCAACUUUACCUGGACUAAAACCCCUCUGAUCGAGUUUGUUGGCGAAUCAGCUUUGGACCACGGUGGGCCAAGAAGAGAGUUCUUUAGACUCCUGAUGAUCGAGGUACAGAGCAGCCUGGGAGUCUUUGAGGGCAAACCCGGAAAUUUGUUCUUCACCUACGACCAGAGCGCCUUGCAGCAGCACAAAUAUGAGAAGGCUGGGAAACUUGUAGCUUGGUCUUUAGUUCAUGGUGGACCAGGACUUAAAGCUCUAGACCCUUGUCUUUACCAGCUGAUGUGUGGCCAAGAGAUCCAACUGACAGACUUUGACUGGCGCCUCAUUCCAGACGGGGAUGUCCAAGAAAAAGUUAAAAAAAUUUUGUCCUGUAGGAAAACUGCACACAUUCAUGAGCUUCAAAGGGAACUGGGAGACUGGAUCUGUGAGUGUGGUUUUCCAGGAAUUUAUGGACCAAACCUUUCUGUUCAAGACAUCCCAAACAUUUACUCCUUUGUUGUGAGGCACUACAUUUAUCUCAGAGUGUCCAACAUGAUCAAUCAGUUCAUAAAGGGCCUGAACUCAUAUGGAAGACUGUGGGACAAAGUGAAGGAAAACUGGAUUGAGUUCCUGCCUGUUUUUAUCAACAUGAAGGAACCAAUGUCCAGACAUGCAUUCAUGGCUCACUUCCAAAUCAACUGGAGUAGGGACGGGACCAAAAAGAGGGAGGAAGAAGAGCAGACAGUGUACUACUGGGAGCAGGUCCUAAAGAUGAUUGAGGAUAAAAAAACAGAACUACAUUUCGAAGACCUCCUUGUUUUCAUUACGGCAACAGAUGAAUUUCCAGCGUUGGGAUUUUCCCCAAAACCAAGCAUCAAUUUCUACCAGCCUGAGGGACGUGGCUGUCGCCUCCCAUACGCAUCCACCUGCAUGAUGGGACUUUUUCUACCCAGAGGAGUCAAAUGUCAGGCAGAACUCAACACGAUACUGCUGAGAGCUGUCAGAGAUUCUGCAGGGUUUGGGAAAACGUAGGACUGUGCUAUGACCAUUUUUGAUGGCCUUGCUUUACUUAACUAUUCUGUUAUUACAGAUGAUGGUGAAAGAAGUGAUCAAAAAGUGUACAAUGUACAUUUUAUUAAGCACAUUUACUGUAGUUUUAGGGUUUGCCUAAACUGUUUAAUGAAGCUUGGAUACUACAGUUUUUUAGAAGGAUGCUGGGCAAGCAUAAUGAAGGCCAGGCAGAAAGGAAGAAUUAUUGAAGAAGAAUCCCGAAGACAAAGAAGGAUGCACAGUUUCACUGAUAUGAAGCACCAAAAACUAUUGAGUACUAACAGCACCCUCUUGUGGAUAUUGGUAGAGCUGUUGUUUGAUUAUGUGCAAUACUACAUUACAAUCCAAAAUUGAAGAGUUUGCAUAAAAGCAAAUAAAAAGUGGAAGUAGAUGAAAUUCAUAAUUUAUGAAAAGUGUCCUUUUCCUCUUGUGCAAUUCCAUCAAUUGUGGGGGAUUCCAGCAAUUUUCCUUUUUUAUUUGCUUAACUCAAUUGAGGUAAUGUAAACUAAGCCAUUAGUUAUAGUGGAUUAAUCUAAAAAAAACAACAA